CACAUAUUUUGUACGGUAUUUGCCUUUCGAAGCUAUUUUUCGUUAUGGCAAGUUAUGCAAUCACCGUUGUCAUCAGGAAGGCUAGCACUUGUCGCUGUCGACAGUAGUAGCCUGAAUGCGGGUUCCCAUGGCCUCAGUAACACCAAAAAGCGCAAGAGUGACGAACCCGAGACGAAUGAAUCCUGCGCCGAAGUAUUCACAGCCACUUUUGUCUCUGUCAAAACACAAAUAUGGGCUUUCGAACCGCUGACGCUCCUGGCUAGAGCAUAUCUUCCCCUGGCAUGGCUCAAUACGGCACAACCUCUGCCCACUUCGGUUUUCGAGGCCACAAUUCCCUCGGUGCAAGAAUGGGAACAAAGAGUACUAGUGGCUCGAAAGACACCCAAUGGAGGAUUGUACGCGAUCGAAAGAGUCGGGCCCAAUCAUUUCAUUGCUUGUCCCUUGCAGAAUUGGGUGUCAGAUGAGUACUGCAAAGAUGCAGCGAUCGGCAAAGUGGCCGAGACCAGACUUGAAGAGGUGCUGCAGAAAGAUGACGGAGUGCCACGGGAACAUAGAAGAAGCAUAUCUGGCUCAAGCCUUGCAGGGUUGCCUACACCUAAGAGCCCUAGGAAGCCUACCAACCGACGAGGAGCCCUUGCGAGAAUGUCGAUACUGACGCCAAAGGAAACAACAAGCCAGGACGUCUUUGGCCAGAGGUCGAGCUCGCCUACAGUUACACAGCCUGUCAUUACUGCACCUAUAUCCGCCGAACCGUUGCCCAUUACCCCAGCAGCACAGCUACAAGAUGCAGACCCGUUUGACCAGUCUCUGUCUGCGAGUGGAGCUGAGCCCCCGAUCCAGGAGCCACAGCAGCCUGUAGGUGUUGCUCCUGUCGAAAAUCCAUGUGCUGCGGAGCGUCUGAGAGGUCAGUAUCUGGACUAUCUAUACACCUCUAAAACAUCGCUUGCAUUCUAUGUCAAAGGUCCUCUUAGUGGCGCCCGGGCACAUGUUAGAUCAUCUGAGUGCCCAUCAACUUCCAUUGCAGACUUACUGGAAUUCUACGAGCAGAGUAUUCUUGCGACGAAGAAGAUUGAUCUGAAGUACAAAGAGUCCUUGCCCAAAAUCAUCACCGAACUGCCGCUCGAACAUCCGGAAACCCAGAAAAAGAGGUCUCGAAAGAAGAAGCAGAAACUCGGGAAGGACUGCCUCUGGCCGGAAGAAGACGAUUACGUCUGUAAAUGGUGGCGUGCAAGAGAGUUCAAACCGAGUUCGGCUUCGAGCGACCGCCAGGCCGAAAUGCGUAAAGAACUGGCAGAUUUACGGAUGCGAGAAACCAAAAUGCAGUUGCUACUGAUCCUGGAAGUCAUGCUGCUUGAAUUGGCUGCUUUGAAGCUGUCUGCUAAGCCGGUCCCUUCGGAUGCCGAUGUCAAGGUAGAAUCGGUGGAAGAUGAUGUUGCCAGUAUACUCGCCAAAACUCCCCAGCAGUCGACUCAGAAGAAGCGCGACUUUACUAGCGAAUUGGAAACGCUUGUCGACCGACUCUGCAUCUGGCAUUCCGUAGACAUGGACGAGAUUACCGAUCAUGAGAACUCACAGAGUGACAGCAAAGUCAAGGCCAAUGAUCUACUCCGAGAAUUCUGCAAGGAUGUUCUUUGGCCUUUCUAUUCGGCCAAGCUCCCUGAGCAGAUGAAGUCGCUGUCACGGAAGCUUGCAGGAUCAGAUUUUUCACCACCCAAAAGACCUCGAGAAUCGUCGAAGCCGGCGACACUCCGCAAAAGUUCCGCCUCCUUUUCUUUGUCCAAGCCCAAACCUGGGCAGCCGCUUGUCAAGCGCACACUUCAGCGCGUGCUGAGCGAAGACCAUCUAGGUCGCCAUGCUUCACCUCCCACGUUAUCACGCUCAUCGACCGGCCCCAUCAACCCCAUCAUUCCGACGUUGAAGCGAGAACCUUCAGAACGUCCAGUCUCGCGUGGCGGUAUGCUAUCCAAGUCGGUGAGCUUCAGCAACCGAGAGAUCGAUCUGGUGGCCGACUCGAAAACGCAUGAAGCUAAACGUCGCAAACUCGACAAACUCGCACAACAAAAGCAGGAGCUCGAAGCUGCCAUUGACGCCCUUAAGCGGCCUAGUAGGUCUGCAGUCGCAGCGGCUUUUAUGGACGAUGUCGAGAAACGACGACAGGAGCGGACGAUACAGAUAUCAGCUACCCCUCGAGCACGGCGCAACCGAGAAAUGGUAGAUUUUGCAGAACCCGAACUGCCGCCCAUGCCGAGGCUGGGGCGUGAAGAGGAUAUGUCGGUCAUUCCAUCUUCGACGCGCAAGCCGCUGGCUCGGUCCAAUAUUCAUAGCUCGAGUAGCAUGAACCGAGCGUCGGCCACGAAAAGAGCCGUUCUGUCGGCAAUUCAUGAGACACCGUCAAGGGGGUUGGAGCGGAAGACCUCGAAUCCUCUGGCUUUGCCUGCUGUGCAGCUUACGCACCCACCUGCAGCGGACGACAAUAUGAUCCGCGUGGAAGCAACGCCAGCUAGGAGGCACGCACAGGCCCCUUGGGCGGCUCUCGAUGGCGCGCAUUCCGACUUUCCCUUGCAGCCUCCGUCAGAUAUGGGCUUCUCAUCCUCUCAGCCCAUGAGCGAGUCGCGAUAUGACGAACUCCGCAUGUCCCGCUCGCAACGCCCUGUACUGUUCACGCCUGUCAAGAAAUCCGACUUCCCUAUUGAACGCGCAUUCCGUGAUGCGCCUGAGAUUCCAGAGCACGCUGGGAGGAUGAUGGAUCGUGUCAUGGGUGAACAUGGCCGAGCUCUAGAUUUUGGUUUCGAUGAGCAGGAGGAUUCUUCCAAAAGAGCUGCCUGUGUGGAAAAGGGCCUUGGUAAGAAUUCUAUGAUUGAUGACGCUGAUGAGGGUGAUAUAUAUGAUAGACUUGGCUGGAAUAAUGAUUUCGACCUUUAGCGUCUGGUUUGCAUAGACGUGGGGAACAAAUGAUGAGCUUGAUGACAUGAGCAUAAUAAUGUCAAUUUGUUAUGGCUGAACAGCUA